AUGUCCUCUUCUGAUGGCUGGGAGAUGGGGGACGAGCACCGCGCUCUGACCAAGCUGCAUGCUCGCGUGCUUGGAUUAUGCGAAGCCUUGCGACGCACGACGCCUGCGGAGAAGCAAUAUGCCAGGGUUCUCGAGGCAUUGAUGGCUGAGAUCGGUAGAAGGUGCAGUAUCAUGGGGACUUAUCCGAGUUAUAGCCCAAGUGUAAAGCCCUUUCUCAUUGAUCUCGAGAACAAGCUGCAAUCAAUACCCACGCGGCCCCUCAACACAACGGAUGAAAAGGGUUCAUCGGGAUACCAUCUCAGUCAUGAGGAUAUGAAGGAUAUCAUGUACAAUGCAGACAAGUGUUUGUAUGGGGAGAUAAGAAAAGAGAGAAGGCUUAGCGGAAACGCUCACACUCCUCCCGGCGCUCCCCCCAUGCUGUACAUUGACACCUGGGGAAUUCAACAUGGGCCAUGGAGGGACCAGAUAGAGCACAUACGGAACACCUUGCUCGUAAAUCGUCAUCUACCAGACUGGAUACAACCCACUGAGCUUCGCCAAUGGAUUGAUCAGUGUGAUGCACAACAUGCCGACCAUUGUGGGCCCCAGGCUGCAAGUGAAAAGAUCUUUUCUCAUCGUCCGAAACGCUUGGUCGAUUUGGAGCACAUGUGCAUCAUACCAGCCGAACCUCACCAUCGAUAUGUUGCUCUAAGCUACGUUUGGGGGACUGGUAGUUCCCUGAAGUCUUUGAAACACAACCUAGAUUUGCUACUUAUUGGAGACUCCCGCGAUGUCAAGGACGAAGCAAAGAAUACAUCUCUGAAUCCCAAAAACAUUCUCAGGCACGCCACCGGGAUUUCAGACCGCAUAGUAGCAGAGUCAUUACCUCCAACAAUUCAACACGUCCUCGAACUUGUUAGAAGACUUGGUGAGCGAUAUCUGUGGAUAGACUCGCUCUGUAUCAUCCAAGACGAUGGAAAUGAAAAGUCAGAGGAGUUGAGCCAUAUGGGAUCCAUCUACGCAAACGCAUAUGUCACUAUCGUGGCGGCGGGAGGCAACUCCUAUACCGGCCUGCAUGGUAUCGAGAAUAUCACACCGCCAAUGGAGAGGCCUAAUAAAACCCCCUUAUAUUUAGUAGCCCCGAAGGCCGCCGCUGAAGAGGUAAAAGCUGCUCAUGGAUACAUCUCAAGGUCUAUGUGGAACCGGAGGGCAUGGACGUUUCAAGAGCAGAUUUUCUCACGGAGAUUGCUUGUCUUGAGCGAGGCCCGCAUCACUUGGGAAUGCCACUGUGCCGUUUGGUUUGAAGGCCUGGAGGUAGUUCAGGGGCAGUGCAAGAAGAAACGUCAGGUUGUUCCCGGUCUUUCUUUUAGUGCGAAAGCGAACAUGAAAGAAUAUUCGAAACAUGUUACCGAAUAUAACCGGCGUGUGCUAACAUACCCCGAGGAUGCAUUGGACGCUUUCGCUGGAAUCCUUGGAGCAUUGACUGGAAUAUUCGCUGGUGGAUUCAUAUGUGGGCUGCCGCGAGUGUUUUUUGAUGCCGCCCUUCUCUGGUACAAUCAAAUCCCCGUGGAGCUGAGGAAGCCUGUCCAUCCGACUUCUGGCACGGUGAUGCCUCCAACUUGGAGUUGGGCAGCGUGGUCUGGGUCUAUAGAGUUUCCAGAGAAUGAUAUUCACCCACUCGCAGCUUGGUGGUACAGAGAAAACAACACCACCACUUGGGAACCUAUCAUAAGCCAACAGAGCCAAGGGGGCGCAACUCUGCUAAAUCCCCCAGUCGUGGAGGAAGAUUGGAUACCUCAUCUUCUCUAUGCACGCGUGCAGCGUGCUAUUUUUUCAACUAUGGAUAUGGAUUCCGCUCCAGUUAUAUACCUGAAAGGGGUAGUUGAUGACGGAGUUGGGCUGUCACUCCUUGCGCUCCAAUGCCCACUUCUCCGGCUGAUGGUUCUACUCUUGAACUUGUAG